UAUUUUGCUAUAUUGACAAUUUAGGAGCAAAACAAAACAUUACAAAAACAAACUUUUGCAGCUGAGAAAAGCAAUUUGAAUAUCGUUUCUGUGUAAGAUAAGCCAUCGAAAUAUGUCUCGGACAAAGGAUGAAGUAGGUAUAGUUACUCCUACGAAGAAGCUCCGCUUUCGUGGAGAACUGAAUUUUCAUAGUCGUGUUGAUGAAAUUUUCGAUGAUGAACACAAGCGAAAUAGCGGUGGAAGUAGUACUGCCAAAGGAGCAAACGUAAAACAAAAUGGGGAGGACAAAGAGCAUCGAAAAAAAGAACCAUCGCCCUCAUUUAUGGACUUUUUCAAGGUUGAGUUGACCCGUGGUUAUAUAUUGGAACAUGAUGAGGAGCGUUACACAGCGCGUAGACAAAAAAUUUACUCUUUUAUGCGCAUACCGCGCGAUCUGGAACGUUUUAUUGUGUACGGUAUAAUGCAAUGUGCAGAUUCGUUCCUUUACAUACACACUUUCCUUCCUGUACGUUUCGUUUUGGCCACAUGGGCACUUUUUUCACGACCUAUUGCUAGUUGCUUGGGCUUACGAAGGCGCACUCAACGACUUUUGACACCGGCAGAAAUUUGUGAUUUGCUAAAAGGCACCAUAUGGAUUGCGUGUACAUUUUUGAUGCUUUCCGUAGACACAAAUCGUGUUUAUCACAUAAUUAAAUCUCAAUCAAUUAUAAAGCUAUACAUUUUUUAUAACAUGAUUGAGGUUGGUGAUCGUUUAUUAUCAGCUUUCGGGCAGGACACUAUUGAUGCGCUCUUUUGGACAGCAACUGAACCCAAGAAUUCGAAACGUGAACACUUUGGACUGGUGACACACAUUGUCUUUGCGCUGAUAUACGUUUUGCUGCAUAGUUUCCUUAUUAUGUUCCAGGCGACCACAUUGAAUGUGGCCGUAAAUUCCAACAACAAAGGUUUACUUACGAUAAUGAUUUCCAAUAAUUUCGUCGAACUGAAAGGUUCAGUGUUCAAGAAAUUCGACAAAAAUAACCUCUUCCAAUUGACCUGUAGUGAUGUACGUGAACGUUUCCAUUUGGGGGUGCUGCUAUUCAUUGUAAUGAUACAAACAAUGAAAGAAUUCGACUGGAGUUUGAGUCAGUUCUGUGUAAUGGUGCCCGACUGCAUUGCUGUGCUAGUGACUGAGGUUCUAAUUGAUUGGAUCAAACACGCAUUCAUUACACGUUUCAACGAGAUACCAGAGUACAUUUAUCGUGAAUAUACCACCAGCUUAGCUUAUGACAUGACACAGACACGCCAGAAGCACGCGUUUUCAGAUCAUUCAGAUUUGGUUGCACGCCGUAUGGGUUUUAUACCGUUUCCUCUUGGCGUUGUGCUAAUAAAAGCCAUUUAUUCAGCAGUCUCUUUCAAUAAUGUCGCCGCAUGGGUGCUUUUUGGUUUGGCUUACAUAUUUGUAUUGGGUUUGCGCAUUUGUUUGACCAUCUGUGCUUUGGGUAAAGCCUGUAAAUUAAUGAAAGAACAUCAAGACGAAAAAAACAAUUCGACGCCAAGCUCGGUAACAAACGCACCACCAAUUGGUGGCAGCGGCGGUGGUGCUCCUAGUGCUAGCAAUAUUGUAAAUAGUGUUGGUACAAUGGCUGGCCUUUCUACGUUAUCCAGUACGCCAGGUAGCUCGCGUUCGCGUUCGGAUACUGCAACAUCACCUAUUCAACCGACACACCAACUUCAGCGCUCUAUAACGGUAGAUCAAAGCGCUUUUGCGCCAACAUCACACAAUUCAACUUCAACGCCUAAAGUAGUAAAAACAGCACCAAAGCCCAGCGUGCCGCUCGAUCCGAAUGAUGUGGAGUUGGAUGUGAAAAACUCACUUGAGUUAGGUGCUACUGCGCUAUUCUCCAACAGUGAUGUAGACUUGGAUGAUGUAUGCCUUAAUGAGAAAGUCUUAGAGCCAAUUGCCAACGCUAAUGCUUUUGUCGAGGAGGAACUGGCACGCAGCGAACCUGAAUUAUCGCUACCACAAGAACUUCUUGACAAUUCUUUAAAUACCAGUAGCACAACAACAAAGGAUAGCGCUCAAGUGGAACGCCCAUGCCGUGUGCCAAAACGUACACACAAACGUUCCGAGUCCGAGCCAAGUAUGCAGAGCAUUGUGGGCGUGAGCGAGACCGAGUCGCAGGCGUAGUGCUGGUGUGCAUUUACCGCUUAUUGACUUAAGCUAUUGUUUUUCUAUUGGUGAUGUCCUAUAUAUUGGUUUUAAGUUUUUACUUUUCUAUUGUGCCUAUUUAAGGGAAUAGUUAUUUUAGUUGUUGCUAUAUGUAUUCAGUAUAUUCGUUUAUAACGGUAAGCAAAAAAAAAAAGACCUUUAGCACUUAAAUAAUUUAAAAGUUUUUGUUUCUUAAUUAAUUUUUAAUUGGUAACAUUUUAAGUUACAUUGUAUGUUUGUACUCUUUUUGUAGGCAUGUAUUUGCUAUACUCGCUUGAUUCAAAACGUUUAACGAAAUGCUAGCUUAAUUAUUGAAAUAUUGUGUCUUAAUAUUUGUGAACUCAAAUAUGCCAUGUCUUUAGACCAGUAAAAUGUUUGAAUAAAUUUAAUAUCAUAAAUAA